AUGGCGGACCAAGAGGAGACUUUUACCCAUCAAAACUCUCCUGGUGGCUCGGAUUCGAGGGAAUUACAGACCGAUAAUAAAUCAGAGAAACAGAACGGGACCUCAAGCAAAUCCCCAUCAUCACACACAACUUACAUUCAGCAGGGAAUGGAGGGAAUAAAAGUCUACCUGCACGAGAGGGAACUCUGGGUGAAGUUUGACGAGGUGGGGACAGAGAUGAUCAUCACCAAAGCCGGAAGACGAAUGUUCCCCAGCUUCAAAGUGAAGGUCACGGGAUUAAACCCCAAAACUAAAUAUAUUCUCCUGAUGGAUGUUGUUCCUGCGGACGACCAUCGAUACAAAUUCGCCGACAACAAAUGGUCUGUGACCGGGAAGGCAGAGCCCGCCAUGCCCGGCAGGCUCUACGUUCACCCGGACUCUCCCGCCACGGGGGCGCACUGGAUGAGGCAGCUCGUCUCCUUCCAGAAGCUGAAACUGACCAACAACCAUCUGGACCCGUUCGGACACAUCAUCCUAAAUUCGAUGCACAAGUAUCAGCCGAGGAUCCACAUCGUGAAGGCAGAUGAAAAUAACGGCUUUGGCUCCAAAAACACGGCCUUCUGCACUCACGUCUUCCCCGAGACAGCCUUCAUUGCGGUUACGUCCUAUCAGAACCACAAGAUAACCCAGCUGAAAAUUGAGAACAACCCGUUUGCAAAAGGUUUUCGUGGAAGUGAUGACAUGGAGCUACACCGAAUGUCCAGAAUGCAAAGUACCAAGGAGUAUCCAGUAGUGCCUCGCAGUGCAGUGCGUCAGAGAGUGGGCUCUAGCCAGAGCCCCUUCAGUGGGGAGGUCCAAGGCUUGGCCACCCCGAGCGCCCUGAGCUCCCAGUACUCCCAGUGUGAGAACGGGGUCACAAGCACCUCACAGGACCUGCUGCCUCAGUCGGGCUCCUACCCUCUGCCACAUGAGCACGGCCAGGAAUACCACUGCAUCAAGAGGAAAGUGGAGGAUGACAGUCACUCAGGUGAGCACAGCUAUAAGAAGGCCUAUCUGGAGAGCUCGUCCAGUGAAGAGGACCAUUACUACCGUCCCGUUGGUUACGCCCAGAGCCUCGGCCUGGCCGGCGGGCCCUACCGCAGUGAAUCCAGCCAGAGGCAGGCCUGUAUGUAUGCCAGCGCCUCACAGGGUGCUGAGCCAGUUCCUAGUUUGGAGGACAUUAGCUGCAACACGUGGGCCAGCGUUUCACCCUAUGGGAGUUGCUCCGUCACCACCAUGCAGCCAAUGGACCGGCUGCCCUACCAGCACUUCUCCGCUCACUUCACCUCAGGGUCUCUGGUGUCCAGACUUGGCGGGGUUGGGGGCCACGCCUCUCCACAGUUGGCCGAUGGCCACCACGCUGCCAUGUACCAGAGCUCCAUGACCCACCAGACUCUGGGCCGCCAGUGCAGUCCUGGGGCUGGGAUCCAGUCGCCAGCAGCUGGCCUACAGGGAAACGAGUACCUCUAUACACACGGCAUACCACGUACACUAUCGCCACACCAGUACCACACUGUACAUAGUGUCAGCAUCAUGCCAGAGUGGAACGAGAGCAGCUAA